AGGGAGCGCGGGAGGAGGAGGAGGCGGCCCCGCAUCCCUAAUGAGGGAAUGAAUGGAGAGGCCCCCUCGGCUGGCGCCCGCCCACCCGGCGGCGGCCGCCAAGUGCCUCUGGGCGCAGCGUGCCGCGCCCGCCGCUCCUCGCGCAGCCGGCUCGGGCCGCUCCUCCCGGCUCAGGCGCGGCGGCUGUGGCGGCGGCGGGGACCGCGCGGACCGAGCCGGGACGGGGGCGCCGGAGGCGCGGGGCGCCGGGAGUGGGGGCGCCGCCGCGCUGGGCCGCGGGCGCGUGGCUGCGGCUCGGCCGGGCGGCGCCGCUCACCUGAGGCGGGGCCCUGGGCGCGGCGCGGGCGGUGCUGUCAGGGCCGUGGCUCCCGGCUCCCGGCCGCGCUCGGCGGGCCGAGCCAAGCAGUGAUUUGCGGCGCCGCUUCACCUUCGGCCAUGGCCGGGAGAGCCUAGCGGCGCCCGGACGCCACCCCCCGGCUCCCGCCCCGCCUCCCAGCCUCGGCGCUGCAUCCCGCCGGCCUCGCCGCCCGGCCCGCGCCGGGCAACCGCCCUCGCCCGCAGCCCUCCCUCGCCCCGGCUCGCGUCCCCCGGCGGCGCCGCCGCGGGAAGCGGCUCCCCCUCCCCUUCCGCGGCGUCCUCUCCCCCCGCUCCGCCGCCGGGGCCGCUUGUUGCACCGCCCGCGGCCUGUGGGAGCCGCUCGCCCCGGCCCGGCCCCGGCCUCGCGCCCGCGGCCGCAACCCCUGCCGCUCGCUCCCGGGGCCCGCAGCCCGGCCCGCGAGACCCCGGCCCGACCCCGCCGCCCGCACAAAAUGUCGGCCCGGACGCCAUUGCCGACGGUGAAUGAGCGGGACACGGAGAACGUUAAUCCUGUAUGGGACUUUCUGUGCCUACUGGACUUGGAUAUCUGUUUCUUUCCCAAGCAUACAUCUGUGGAUGGAUAUACUGAGCCCCAUAUCCAGCCGACCAAAUCAAGUAGCAGACAGAACAUCCCUCGGUGUAGAAACUCCAUUACGUCAGCAACAGACGAACAGCCUCACAUUGGAAAUUACCGUUUACAAAAAACAAUAGGAAAGGGAAAUUUUGCCAAAGUGAAAUUGGCAAGACAUGUUCUAACUAGUAGAGAGGUUGCUGUGAAAAUAAUAGACAAAACUCAGCUAAAUCCUACCAGUCUACAAAAGUUGUUUCGAGAAGUACGAAUAAUGAAGAUAUUGAAUCACCCUAACAUAGUAAAAUUGUUUGAAGUUAUUGAAACAGAGAAGACCCUCUAUUUAGUCAUGGAAUACGCGAGUGGAGGUGAAGUAUUUGAUUACUUAGUUGCCCAUGGAAGAAUGAAAGAAAAAGAGGCCCGUGCAAAAUUUAGGCAGAUUGUAUCUGCUGUACAGUAUUGUCAUCAAAAGUGCAUUGUUCACCGUGAUCUUAAGGCUGAAAACCUUCUCCUUGAUGCUGAUAUGAAUAUUAAAAUUGCUGACUUUGGUUUUAGUAAUGAAUUUACAGUCGGGAGCAAGUUGGACACAUUUUGUGGAAGCCCGCCUUACGCUGCUCCUGAGCUUUUCCAAGGGAAGAAGUACGACGGGCCCGAAGUGGACGUGUGGAGUCUCGGCGUCAUUCUCUACACGUUAGUCAGUGGCUCCUUGCCUUUUGACGGCCAGAAUUUAAAGGAACUGCGGGAGCGAGUCUUACGAGGGAAGUACCGUAUUCCCUUCUAUAUGUCCACCGACUGUGAAAACCUCCUGAAGAAAUUAUUAGUGCUGAAUCCAAUCAAGAGAGGCAGCUUGGAACAAAUAAUGAAAGAUCGAUGGAUGAAUGUUGGUCAUGAAGAAGAAGAACUAAAGCCAUAUGCUGAGCCUGAACCAGAUUUCAAUGACAUAAAAAGGAUAGACAUCAUGGUCACCAUGGGUUUUGCACGAGAUGAGAUAAAUGAUGCCUUAAUAAAUCAGAAAUAUGAUGAAGUCAUGGCUACUUAUAUUCUUCUAGGUAGAAAACCACCUGAAUUUGAAGGUGGUGAAUCAUUAUCCAGUGGAAACUUGUGUCAGAGGUCACGGCCCAACAGUGACUUGAACAACAGCACUCUGCAGUCCCCUGCUCACCUGAAGGUCCAGCGGAGCAUCUCAGCAAAUCAGAAGCAACGACGCUUUAGUGAUCAUGCUGGUCCGUCCAUUCCCCCUGCCGUAUCAUAUACCAAAAGGCCUCAGGCUAACAGCGUGGAAAGUGAACAGAAAGAGGAGUGGGACAAAGAUGUGGCUCGUAAACUUGGCAGCACAACAGUUGGUUCAAAAAGUGAGAUGACUACAAGCCCUCUUGUAGGGCCAGAAAGGAAAAAGUCUUCAACUAUUCCAAGUAACAAUGUGUAUCCUGGAGGCAGCAUGGCAAGAAGGAAUACAUACGUCUGUGAAAGAACCACAGAUCGAUACACAGCAUUGCAGAAUGGAAAAGACAGCAGCCUCACGGAGAUGUCCGCGAGCAGCAUAUCUUCUGCAGGCUCUGCCGUGGCUUCCGCUGUCCCCUCAGCACGACCCCGCCACCAGAAGUCCAUGUCCGCUUCUGGUCAUCCUAUUAAAGUUACACUGCCGACCAUUAAAGACAGCUCUGAAGCUUACAGACCCGGCAGUACGACCCAGCGGGUGCCUGCUGCUUCCCCAUCUGCUCACAGUAUCAGCACCACCACCCCUGACCGAACCCGCUUCCCCAGGGGCAGCUCCAGCCGCAGCACCUUCCAUGGGGAGCAGCUCCGCGAGCGCCGCGGCGCUGCCUACAACGGGCCGCCCGCUUCCCCCUCGCAUGAAACGGGGGCAUUUGCACACGCCAGGAGGGGCACGUCAACUGGUAUAAUAAGCAAAAUAACGUCCAAAUUUGUCCGCAGGGAUCCAAGUGAAGGCGAAGCCAGUGGCAGAGCCAACACUUCAAGAAGUACAACAGGGGAACCAAAAGAAAGAGACAAGGAGGAGGGUAAAGAUUCCAAGCCACGUUCUUUGCGGUUCACGUGGAGUAUGAAGACCACUAGUUCAAUGGACCCCAGUGACAUGAUGAGAGAAAUCCGGAAAGUGUUAGAUGCAAAUAACUGUGAUUAUGAACAAAAAGAGAGGUUUUUGCUUUUCUGUGUCCAUGGAGAUGCCAGGCAGGAUAGCCUCGUGCAGUGGGAGAUGGAGGUCUGCAAGUUGCCACGGCUGUCCCUCAAUGGGGUCCGCUUCAAGCGAAUAUCCGGGACUUCUAUUGCCUUUAAGAACAUUGCAUCUAAAAUAGCAAAUGAGCUUAAGCUGUAAAGAAACUCAAAUUUACAGGAUCAGGGAAGAUACAUCAUCCGUAUAUGAGGUACAGUUUUUGAAUGUACUGGCAAUGCUUAAUGUGAUUGGCCUGUGAAUCUCCCUAUGUAGAUUUUGCCCUUACUGCAAUAAGGUUAUACAUAGUUAUGAACUGUAAAAUUAAAGUCAGUAUGAACUAUAAUAAAUAUCUGUAGCUAAAAAAGUAGGUUCACAUGUACAGGUAAGUAUAUUGUGUAUUUCUGUUCAUUUUCUGUUUAUAGAGUUGUAUAAUAAAACAGAUGAUUGCUUAAAAACCUGUAUAGUUGUCUAGAUUUCUGCACGUAAAUGUACGUUUGAUGCUUUGAGUUGAAAGUGUUCUUUCUGUUAUUUACAUUCUGGUGGGUUUUUUAAAUUCUUACCUCCAUCAUGCAAUUUUGAAAAUUGAGAAUUGUGUCCAGAAUUAAAAGUGCACAGAAGUAGUCUUUACAAUUAUAGCAUGGACUUUUAAAAAUUAUUUUUAAAUCAUAUUUAAAUUUAAACCAGAAGCUGAUAAAUAGAUCAGCUUUAUUAAACACAGAAUUACUCCUGCUUAUCUUUGCUCUUAUCCUUGUUAUCAGACAAGGUUUAGUUGAGAAGAUACAAAAUGUUUACAGUGUUGGCACUUAGCGUUUUUAAAAUAAAGUACGUGAAAAUAAUAAUAGCUUUGCCUUGAGCUAACUAAGAAGUACUGGGGAAGAAGUUAAACCUACAUCAAAUUUUCUUUUGAACUUUAAAGUAUUUUCUGCCCCACUGCUAAUUGUAGCAGCAAAAUUAGAAAGAAUCAAUACUUCAUCUGGCUAUUAUAAUGUAAAAUGUCACUGAGGUUUGCUGCCUUCCAAAUCCCACAACAUUAAUUGCGGAAGUACAAUAAUACUGGGACUGUUUCAUAGCACAAACUCAUCUUUACAGUGUUGAUCAAUGCAUCAGUUAAGAAAUAAUGCCACCUCAGGAAUUAACUGGCAUUGGGAACGUUUGCUUCGUGCUCCUGCCAGCCUCUUCACCCACCCCCGACACAGUAGUAUCUGUCAUUACUUAAGAGACUUCCGAGCAAAACAUGCUAUUUAUAACAGUAUAUUAUUGAUUUACGCUUAUGUGGUUGUUCAGUUGGUUCCCAUGUGACCUGUUUGUUUUUAAUAUUUUGCCAGAUUUCUUGUAUUUAUUCCACAUCAUUGUGCCUAUAAUGUGCAGCUUUGUAAUUGGCAUUUGCCUACUUUUCUUUCACAAUUAGUGAUAUAUGCGAUGUAAAACCACUAGUAAAGGUACAUUUUAAUACUUGUUAUUUUCUACUGAAUUAGCCUUGGAGGUUGACUGUGCAAUGUUAUUUAAUGUUGUAAUUACUGUAAUAUCAGCAUAUGGGCCCCAUCUGCACACUCCUGAGAAAUAGAAAGUGUAUUCCAAUUUUAUCAGUUUAAAGGAAAAUAAAGCUGUGAUUAAAUACUGUAAUUCUAGCCUACAUUAGAAAGCUCUAAGCGUAGGUGAUAUGCCAUUCCAUGAUGGCUUCCAGACUAGGGUGAUCUGUACUGUACUGUGAUGUAGCUUUCUUCUGUAAAGUUCUGUUCUAAAAUGAAGUGUAUUUUUGCCUUAGCAAAGGAUGGUGUUUGGAAAAAACAACAACAACAACAACUGUGUAGCCCCUUUUUAACCUAGUGUUCAUUCAAAACACUUGACGCAAAUCUUUAUUCACCUUCACUGGUGCACACUGAAAUUUUACUUGAACAGUUCUCAAAAUAAAGCACUUGUCUUUUGCUCUUUA